AUGCCUCCCUUUUUGCCGGCACUGGCCUUCGAUGAGACGAGCGCCUUGGUGGCAGCAGGAAGUGGCGGCCAAGGCCUGCCGAGCAUCAAUGUCUAUCGCUGUCUACAUGGAUCCUGCUUUGCAACAGCUUCCAUGCCGACACAAGCUGCCGGGGCAGAAGAUAUUUCAGCGGUACCAGCAUGUAGCUUUCUGCGGGGCGGUUUCGGCUUCGUUCUGGCUACUGUGACACAGGCCGGCAAUGUUUUCCUCUUCGAUCUGCGCAAAGCUCGCAGUCAAGGCGACACAAUCGAUGCCUCGCACGAGACGGGGCUGCUUUCUGGGGCACCGUUUUCCAUGCUGUGUCCUCACAAUUCGGAGGAUGGUAUGUUUCUGCUGGGCGCACGGGGGUCACUCAAGAUCCUGCAGGUUCGAGAGACUGGCGGAGAUGUACUAAGCUGCGUCGUGCUUGCUGAGAUUGUUCUGGGGGCUGGCGAAGUCCCCGUUUGGCUGAGAGAAGGUGCGACAGCGGACGAGCACGAAGAGGGCACCAGGUCGUGUUCUGGUGAACAGAACGACAGUGAUCCAUUGGUUCUGGCGGCAGCUGCGGCAGGCUGCCGGGUACAAGGCCUAGCCGCUCUCGGACUACGCGGAACUGCGGCGCUCGCGGUUUCAACAGAGUCUUUGUACGCUCUCCUUGGUCACCAGCACCGCGCAGAGCGUGUCUGCGCCGUGCCUGCGCUUGGAGCUGCUGCAGCUUGUGUCGACGCCCAAGGCGGGCUCCUGGCUGUUUGUGCCUUUGGCUUCGAAUCUGGCGGCGAAGUUUUGAGGUUGAACUGGUCGGAAGAGCUACGCCUACGACCUGAGGACCAGGAGCUCGCAGGAAUGGGCGAAACGUUGUCCGCGAUGCUGCAGGAACCUGCCGAACAGGACGCCGCCUUCGCAGACCCUCCCAUGUGCCAGAUGCUCAGAAGAUUUGGCUCUAUGAUCAACAGCCCCGGCAAAGCAGUCUCCAAGUAUAUUUUGUUCGUUAAGGUUGCCUCCCUCGUUCGCCGUCCUGCUUUCUGGCCAGUGUGCUUGGGCCUGCUUUGCGUGGCCACAGCUUCCGCGUCGGCCUGGACGACAGGGGCUGCGAGGCCAAAGCCGCGAAGGACACCCGCGACUCGCCCGACACCAUCACCGGCCAGACCACCAAGACCAAGCCGGCAGCUGUCAAGACCCAAGGUGCCGAGCAGGCGACCUUCCACUGCCGGUGUAAGUCCUGGGUGGACCAUAGAAAGGCUGCGCACGCUGAGCGAAGAGGAGACGCCGCUGCAGGUCCUGCGCUCGCACGGAGUGGCUGUGGUCUCUGGGGCCUUCGAGGUGGAGCAGCUGCGAGAGAUCCAGAGGAGUUUUUGCAGUUUGCAUGAAGGCUAUCGAGACAACGUCUUGCGAUUUGGCCAGCUCCGUGGCGAGCGGGCCGCAACGCACCUGCCGUAUCAGGCACCCUUCAACAAUAUCCAGCUUCUGGGAACAGACUACGCUUUGCGCGACACGCUGGCAGGCUACCUGGGAGAGGAGUGUGAGCUGGAAAGUGCCAUGAUCAUCACGGUCGACCCUGGGGCUCCUGCACAAAAUGCGCACGUGGACACCCAGGAUGAGGGCAGCGUGUCUGUGCACGUACCCUUGCACUCGCUUCACGACGGAUUUGCGCCGCUGGGUUUCUGCAUGGGCUCGCAUACAGAUCCAAGUGUCCUUUCCGCUCCUCCGCGACUCAAGCUGCGGGGUGCGGAGCGCCGUCAGAAAGCUGAGAAGGCGCUUCACAGGCAAACGCGUGCCACAGCAAAGGAAGAGCACUUUCUGCAGUGGGGCCCCAGCGAGGUGGCCUUGCUGCCAGCUGUGGAUUUCCGAAGAGGAGCCAUGCGCGUCCUGGUUCGCAACUUCCGCGAUGAUGCGGCAAAGGCUUUGGGCCUCCAACAAGGCGACGAGGUAACUCACGUGAACGAUCUGGACUUCGUGAGCUGGCUUGAGGUGAAAGACCAUGUGCCGGAACUCAGAGACAACAUAGUGGCCAGGGUGCUCAGACCCGUCACAGAGCCUAAUGCUGCAGAAGAUCUCAAGGAGGAGCUGCCAGCUCUCUCUGCAGCUUCUGCAAAUUCAAGCCCUUCGCAAGCACCUUCAAGGCUGCGGGCUUGGUUCAACACCAAGCGCCAUGCUGAUCGAAUGCUGGUCGGAGCGCCGCUCAACAUCGGAGAUGCACUGAUUUAUGAUUCCAGGACAGUGCAUUGGGGAAUGGCGAACUGCGAAAGCUAUCCCCGUUAUGUCCUCUACUUGAACCUCAAGAGGGGCGACUUUCAGGGCUGCUCUCCAGAUGCGAUUGCAAAACGCUCGGCUUCUGCCCGCUGCUUGCAGGAACGAGGCCGCUUUCAAGACAGGUUCAAGCGAGCAUUGCACUACAUGGCAUAG